CACAAUUUUACAUGCUGGCAAUUUCACAAAGGCCCUAGCCUUUUUCCAUUCAGACUCAGCAAAACACACAUUUCCUCACUUUUCUCAUCUCACGCUCUCUCACUUUCUCUUCAAGAACUGUUCAUCUUCUCAAACCCUAAUCCACCGUCGCCGCUGCAAAAACCUUAAUAUGGCAUAGAUCCUUCUUCUAAACCGUGUAUAUUGUUCACUGAACUCUUCUUCAUCAUCUUCUUUAAGAUCUCUGAUUCUUCUAAAAAACUCUAAUCAGGUAAUGUUACUUUUCUGUUUGAUUCUUGAUUUAAUAGCUAAUGUUAUCUCUCUGAUUCUUGAUUUAUUUGUAUUAAUUAUUUUGUUGGAUUUUGUUUUGACAUGUUUUAUUAUAUGGACUGGAAAUUGGAAAGAUGGAGCAAGGAGAUAGUAGUAGAGAAGUACCACCAGUUGGGUUGGAAAUUAUGGAGCAAGAACAACAAGACACUGCAACUGAGGCUCUUAUCCCUCCUAUUGACCAUAGUAGAAAGAGAAGGAGGCCUAAUGCGGAUGGUCCCAAGAAAAAAUCUUCAUGUUGGGACCAUUUUAUCGAAUUAACUGAUGUUGUGGAACAAACUGCUGCCUGUAAGCAUUGCCAUAAACGAUAUAGAUGUGAUCCUAAAUCACACGGAACGUCUAACAUGCUCGCCCACUCCAAAAUUUGUUACAAAAAUCCUUACCUAGAAAAUGACCUGAAACAAACCAACCUUGCUUUUGGUAGUGGUGGCUUGAUUUCUGUUAGCCCAAAGUUUGAUAAAGAAGCUUGUAGAAAGGCAAUAACUCUGUUUGUUAUCCUUGAUGAACACCCAUUUAGAGUAGUUGAUGGUGAGGGUUUUAUAUUCUUAUGUAAUCAAUUAGAACCACUUUUGACUAUCAUUGAUGGUGAGGGUUUUAUAUUCUUAUAUUCUUCACAUUUUCUAAGGGCUGAUGCAUUUAAGCAACAUUUGAAGGAUAAAGAUACCAUUGAUAAAAAAAAUGAACUUGAGAGGUACUUGAAUGAUCCUUGUACAAAUGAUAAUGACAAAUCAUCCCUUCUAACUUGGUGGAAACAAAAUAAACCUCGUUACCCAAUCCUAGCAGCAAUGGUGAAAGAAAUUUUGGCCACCCCUGUAUCAACCGUAGCUUCGGAGAGUGCAUUUAGCACCGGGGGGAGAGUUUUAGAAUGUUAUAGGAGCUCUUUGAGUCCAGCAGUGGCUGAAGGGCUGAUAUGUACUCAGAACUGGUUGAAGCCAGCUCGUACAUAUUUCAAAGACAUCAAUUACAUAGAAGAGUUUGGGAUAACUGAGGAAAUCAUAUCAGAAUUUCAACAAUGCUUCAUAACCGCAAAUAUUGGGGCUGCUGGAGCUGGAGCAGCAGUUGGAGGUGCUACUGGUGCUGCUGUAGGUUCUACUCAAACACAACCAAUAGGUUGUGAUUGAGAAAUAUGAUGCUUCUAAUUUUUUUGAAAUCAUUUUGAUAUUUUGGAGUCAUAUAUGACUUGUACAUCUUGGCACAACACAUAAUUAUAUUUUGUAAGCCUUUUUUGGGAGGUCAAAUUUUCUGUGAUGAAUCUUGGCACUCACUCAAGCUUCAAUGAAAUUAGAUUAAGAUGUUUUGCUUGUUGGAAUUUGGCAUUUUGUUUUCAAAUGUUUGGCUUGCUUACUAUGAGACUGCUCAUUUGUCAAAGAGUUGUGAAUUGAAAGCCACAAAACUCUAUAACAGUAAGUAACGGUUCCAAGCAACAUUAAAUUUCCAUGUAGUUGUGAUUGAGGGUCAAGCUCUAGAAUAGGCAUUGCUGAGUUGAACCAUGGGAAAGUGAAUGCUCAAUAGAUUUAAUUGGUGUACAAACAAUAGGUUCCGUUGAUAUCAAGGUUCAGCAUAUGCAGAUUCAACAUACCCCAAUUCAACAAAUAUGCCAAUUCAACAAUGCAUAAUGGUUUAUCUAUAUCUUUAUCUCAAGAACUACAAUCACAAUAUUUGUCCUUCUUGUUGGAUGAAUUAUUGAUCAUGUUGCUUGUUGGAUGGUUUUAAACUUCUUUGAUACUCACUAUGGAUGAUUGUAAUUAUAACUUUAGAUGUGUUGUGUCUAUAUUAAUAGUGUUGUUAUAAUGCUAAAUGUUAAGAUAAUUAGACAUGUGAUUGAUAAUAUAUUUAUUAAUAGCCUUGAGCUUGA